AUGUCUUCUGGUGUCCCUGUUUCAUCGCAGUGGCCACCUGUCAGAGGUGGGCUGAUCAUCUUGCGGGCUGCCUUCUCUGGUGCACGUCAAAGUCUUGAUGUCGUGAAGUUUCUGAGCUACGUGGGGUCGAGUGCCGAGGUGAGUCGUAAUCUUCGGUCUUGCACACUUGUCAACUUUCUUUUCUUUUUCGGCAUUUGGAUUUCUUCUAUCGUAUUUUCUCCCUUGUGGAGCCUUGCCGUGACUUUGAUGCGGGGGCGCUCGACAUUGGCUGGUGACCCGGAUGCGAUCACAAAUUCGGCGUCGUUGAGUAACGUCAAUCGUGUUGCGGGAGGAGCCACAGGGGUCGUGACUAUAUUGUGGACGUGUGUAUUUUAUUUUGUGUGGGUUUUCCCUAUGUACGGAAUUACACUUCUCUUUGGUAUACGUUGGUACAACGCGCUGUACGCAGCUGCGAAUAGUGAGAAGCGAAGGCGUGCCCUUCUGAUGGCGGCCGCCAGAAGCCCCGGCAGGCCGGUGGUGCCCGUUAGGGGAGCUGCGGCCGGUGCCGGUCCCAAGCCAACCGCAUCCUCCCUCUCAUUUAGUGAUGUCGUCGUAUCCCUCACUGAAACUUUGUUUAAGGUUGUUGCUACCAGCUUGUGCACUGUUGUAAUGACGGUGGUAGGGACCAUUCUCCCCGUGCCCCUGGGCGCAUGUGUAGACGUGGCGAUGAGAAGUUGGUUGCACGCUUUCUAUGUGUUUGACUACCGCGUUUCUUCACAGUACGUGACCGAUAGGGUUACACAGCGACGCAACUACGUGGGGCUUUCAUCUGCUAUUGAGUUUUUUGAGGCAAAUUGGGCGUACUUUCUCGGGUUUGGAGCGUCGCGCUGCCUCGUUACCGGUGUAUUGGAUUUGACGGGCAUAGUAACAUCGUGGUUUGCCAAAGAAGCCGCUGUGUCAGUGCUAUUUGGGGCCCAUGUUGUACUUUCUGUUGAAGCAAAACUUCCCCCGCGCGCGCCAUUCAGUAUUCCCAUGUUCACUCCUUUUUUUAUACUCUGUGACAAGAUUAUAAGGGCGGUUGUGCAUGUGGCGCAAUGA